AUCCGCGUGCGCCUCUCAAGACUGCGAGCUGUUGGUCUCCUGGGCGGUGUCGUGGAUCUCCUGAGCGUGCCACGCCAACAAUAGAACCGAUGAGCUGCCUCCCGUGUCCCUGUCGCGUCUCUCGUGUCUCCUGGAGUUGUUGCUGGAGUUGAAAAAGUGACGACAGAUCUCGCCCAGAUCGGCCAACACCACAAGCUCAGCUCCCUCAGCUCCCUCAGCUCACUAGACUUUCAUGCUCAGCUCCUAUAAUCUACAAGUGUAACGCUAUAUACACACGAUGAGCUCAAAAGACUUCGAUGGAGCUGCGUCUGGCAGCGGAUCGGAUGGAGGCUAUGAGUCAGAAUCAAGCUUCCAAAUGCCAGACCCGCUAGCUCUUGGCCGCGAGAAGCGUGCAACUGCUGGUAACCGCUUGCGAGACAUGCUCAACCUCGAGAUUGAAACGGAGGGCAUGUUCGCGGAGGACGCUGAAGAUGACGACUUUGGCAGCGAUCAAGACCAAGUGGAUGACCACAACUCAGAACUAGACAGCUCUUCCGAGGAGGAUGCCGCUCAGCAGGAGCCUGAAGACGCGGGAGAACAGGCUUUGAAAACACAAGAAAAGGCUGCCAACAGGCAAAAGAAACGUCGAGCAGCAGAGGCCUUCACCAAAGCGAAGCCCAAGGUCAAGCAAAUCCCCGUUGCUGCUAAUACAGCGACGCCUCAGCUUCCAAAGAAGCGCGACAGGGCAUCACUCAAUACUUCAGCUCAGCGACAGAGUGCGCGUGCUCAUACAAGACAAGUUGCGGGUGCCGUUGAGCAACGCCUCAAAGCUGCAAAAUCACGUCAAAGCCAACAAGUUGUGGCCCCAAGAGUCGUUGAACGUCCUUUGACGCAGGCAGAGCGGCUGGAAGAAGCGAAACGAACUGAGGAAAUCAAUGUCGCCUCUCUCAAUCAGGUCGUUCAGUAUGAGGAGGAGAAGAAGGCAACACAGCGUGCCCUGGCAGCAAAGAGACAAGCCGCUCAGCCAACCAUUCGAAUCUUUAGUACUACAAAGGCGAGCACGCACCCAACAACGAAGGUAGUUCCAAAGAUCAUCGAUGUCUCAACCACAGAAACAAGUCUGGCACAUCCUAUGGAUGCUGUUGCGCAAGCAAAAGUUGCUCCUGAGCUGACUACUGUCUCCACUAUUGAUCCGGCACCACGAGCUAAGGAAGCAAGCCCGACGCCUGCACCUGCGGCCAAGCACUUUGUGGCCUUUGCCCACUUCGAGUCUGCACCCUUCGCACGCGAGCUCCUGCUGGGCCUUCCGCCUGGCACAAAACGCAAACGACCCCCAGCAAAAGUCCUAUGUCCCAUCACCGGCCGCCUUGCACGGUACAAGGAUCCUAGCACUCGCGUUUGCGUCGCCAAUCUGGAAGCCUACCGUGUUGUCAAGCAAUUGGCAAAUGGAGAAGUUUUAUACAAUCCAACACUGGAAAUGUAUACCGCUCCGGCCUAUGUGCCGAGCAAGCGUUGAAGAGUUAUGCCGUCAUGCACACUAGCAGACAAGGACUGCACUUGAAGCUGUCGCCGCGGUGCUCGCGUGUCAGAUGGGAUGCGUGCGAUUAUUUCCGUGCGCUAUCGGGAAACCCUUAUCGGGCUCCAGAUGGCAACGUAUCAGCUCAAUCGGGC